AUGGCUGAAGUUGUGAACGGCGUGAACCAGCUUUCUGUUGAAGAGAAGGCCAAGCCUCAACCUCAGGUGAAUAAGAAGGAAAAGAAGAAGGACAAACAGCCGCAAAAGGCUUUGUUCUUGGACCCUCCACCAGAGUUUUUGGACUACAGGUUGAAGAUCUUCGAUGAGAUUAAAGCUAAGCAAGAUGCUGAAUUUGCUGCUCGUGAAAGAAAACCAAUCAAAAUUACCUUGAAGGAUGGUUCUGUGAAAGAGGGAACUGCCUGCGAGACAAGUCCUUUCGAAAUCGCCAACAGCAUUGGCAAAUCUUUCCUUGAGAGACAGGUGAUCUCUAAGGUUAAUGGCGAGCUUUGGGACUUGGAAAGACCCCUUGAGGGCGACGCUGAACUUGAGUUCUUGGACUUUGAGCACCCCGAAGGUAAGAUGGUCUUUUGGCACUCGUCUGCUCACGUUCUAGGUGAGGCUUGCGAGAACCACUACGGCUGCCACUUGUCCUACGGUCCACCCACCGAGGAUGGUUUCUUUUAUGACAUGUCCAUCAACAGCGGAGAGGGUGUUGUCUCCCAGGAAGACUUUGGCAACAUUGAAAAGGUCUCCACAAAGGUCAUCAAGGAAAAGCAGAAGUUCGUCAGACUAGAAAUGACCAAGGAAGAAUUGUUGAAGAUGUUUGCUUACAACAAGUAUAAGGUCAAGUUCAUCAGCGACAAGGUUCCAGAUGGAACAUCUACUACCGUCUACAGAUGUGGACCUUUGAUCGAUUUGUGUAGAGGUCCUCACAUCUUGCACACCGGUAAGAUCAAGGCUUUCAAAGUCUUGAAGAAUUCUUCUUCCUACUUUUUGGGAGAUGCUGCCAAUGACUCUUUGCAGAGAGUCUACGGUAUCUCUUUCCCAGACAAAAAGUUGAUGGAUGAGCACUUGAAGUUCUUGAAAGAGGCAAGUGAAAGAGAUCACAGAAAGAUCGGUAAAGAGCAGGAAUUGUUUUACUUCAAUGAAGUCUCGCCUGGUUCGGCAUUUUGGUUGCCACACGGUACCAGAAUUUACAACACCCUUGUCGACAUGUUGAGAAAUGAGUACAGACAAAGAGGCUACGAAGAAGUCAUUACCCCUAAUAUGUAUAACACCAAGUUGUGGGAGAUUUCCGGUCACUGGGGUAACUAUAAGGAGAACAUGUUUUCUUUUGACGUGGAGAAGGAAACCUUCGGUUUGAAACCUAUGAACUGUCCUGGUCAUUGUGUCAUUUUCAAGAGCAGAGAGAGAUCUUACAGAGAAUUGCCAUGGCGUGUUGCCGAUUUUGGUGUCAUUCACAGAAACGAGUUCUCUGGUGCCCUUUCAGGUUUGACCAGAGUUCGUAGAUUCCAACAGGACGAUGCUCACAUCUUCUGUCAACAAGACCAAAUCGAGCAGGAAAUUGCUGGUGUCUUUGACUUUUUGCAAAAGAUCUAUGGUAUCUUUGGCUUCGAGUUCAAGAUGGAAUUGUCUACCAGACCCGAGAAAUACGUCGGUGAGUUGGAGACCUGGAAUGCUGCCGAGAAGAACUUAGAAAAUGCAUUGAACAAAUUUAUGGGUGAGGGCAACUGGGAGUUGAACCCUGCCGAUGGUGCCUUCUAUGGUCCUAAGAUUGAUAUCAAGAUCAGUGAUGCAUUGAGAAGAUGGUUCCAGUGUGCCACCAUUCAAUUGGAUUUCCAAAUGCCUCAGCGUUUUGACUUGGAGUACAAGGCUGACUCUAACGACAAGGAGAAGACUACUGCAAGACCAGUCAUGAUCCACAGAGCUAUUUUGGGAUCUGUCGAGAGAAUGACCGCUAUUUUGACCGAACAUUUUAAGGGCAGAUGGCCAUUCUGGUUGUCUCCUAGACAGGUUUUGGUUGUUCCUGUAGGUGUGAAAUACUUUGACUACGCCGAGUCCUUGAAGGAGAAGUUGGUGAAGCAGCAUGGCUUCUACGCUGAUGUGGACCUCUCUGGUAACACAUUGCAAAAGAAGGUUAGAAGUGGUCAAUUAUUGAAGUAUAACUUCAUUUUCAUCGUUGGUGAGCAGGAGCAGGCUGAGGAGAGUGUGAAUGUCAGAAACAGAGACAUCCAGGAAGAGCAAGGUAAGAAUGCGACAGUGAAGUUUGACGAGGUUGUCAAGCAGUUGCUCAGAUUGAAGGAGGAGUUCAGGGUUGACAACAAAGCACCAUUGAUGAAAUCGCCACUUCUUUCCUUGGGAUUGGGUGUAAUUGGGUUUCAACUUGCUCUUACAGUCGGAGUGUAUGCCCUGUUUAAGAUCAAGAGAAGAAGCUUGUCAAAGGAGGCUAACGAGGGAAGCAGUGAAGCUGAAAAAUCAAGAAGAUUACUCAAUGUUUGGAAUGCCAUUCCUUGGCCUCAAAGUAUGUUUUGGGGGCAAUACUACGAGAUCACAAGUCGAGAUCCUGCUUUCAAGAUGAAGGAUCCACGUACUCUCACGGAAGAGGAUAUCCACAGGCCAUAUUAUCGGCCCAACAGUGAGCCCAUUGGAUUCGACAAGUCCAAGCAGAAAGAGGAAAAGGACACCUCUGAAUGGCAACACUUGAGAGAGAUCAACUUUCCAAACGCAACGGCGCUGGAAAGUGACCAAGCGGAUCUGGAGAAUGAUCUGUUCCCCUCGCUCGAGCAGAAGAAUUCAACAAGCUCCAAGCCUAAGAGCAGGUGGGACGAGAUCCGUGAAGAUAAGAAACCCACCAAGUUUAUUCCGUUCACUGAACACGACGAAAAGAAUUUAGAGAAUGCCUACCUGCAAAAUUUAGAGACUGUUGAGGUCAAGGAGGACCGCCUCUUUGAGGUUGACUUGAAGUCCAUGGUUCUUUCCCCAGUGUACUGGGAAGGUCCCACGUACGAGGUAAGGAGAGGGCUUUGGUUUGACCACGAUGGAAUGCCGCUUCCGUCCAACUUGGCCAAAAAGAUUGAAGAUGCUUACAGUCUUCGUCGUCCGUAUGAACAUAUCAAACAACAAGGUACAUCUCAGAAACAAUCCAAGGACCUUAUCGCAAGUUUCAACAAGGAGAUAAAAGAGAUAAAAGAAGAAGUACAGCAAGACAAAAUCGACUUCUCAGAAGAGAGAGACAUCGUCGAUUUGGGUGAUGGCCAAGCUGUUGUGUAUUUUGACAACAACCAAGCUGCUUUGUUUCCGUCUACCAUCAGUCCCGUCCAAUUGGGUAUCCUAAGAAAGAUGGGCAGUAAGUCUGGUACCCUCAUGGGCGUGACGCCAGUUCAGAGGGGCUAUUCUGAGGACCUUGCUGCCUCGAUAAUGGACAGUAUUAAAAAAGCGCCGGUGCCUUCUUUGACGGACAUCUUUCUGACAGAGUUUUCCAACUUGUUUUCACCGCUGAAGGAGCACGAAAAAGUCUUGUCCGAAUCGAGCAAGAAGGACAAGGACGAGAUGCUUCAAUCAGUUAUGGAAUCUGACUUUGAAGAGCUUAAAGUCACCCAAACCAAUGAUAGGGAAAUUGACCAUCUUGUGCUUUGUGUUCAUGGAAUCGGUCAAAUUCUCGGAUACAAAUACGAAUCCGUCAACUUCACUCAUAGCAUUAAUGUUUUGCGAUCAACCAUGAGAGACGUCUUUCAAAAUGAGGAGAAGUAUCAAAAGCUCGCCAGUGGAGAUACUUUUGAUCCCAAAAAUGAGGAGCACAAGACCAACAAUAGGAUCCAAACUUUACCUGUGACUUGGAGGCAUAAGGUGUUAUUUCAUCCCAGUAAAAGAAUUGACGAUCUUGGCAACCUAGGGGACAAAAGGCUUCCAAGCUUAGCCGACAUUAAUGUUGAUGGUGUGAGACCCUUGAGAAACAUUGUUGGCGAUGUCAUCCUUGAUGUGUUGCUAUAUUAUGAACCAAAGUUCAUGCACCAGAUUCUCGAGAUUGUCGUCGAGGAGCUCAACAGGAUCUAUCGGUUGUACAAGGAGAGAAACCCUCAUUUCGAUGGCAAAAUACAUAUAUUAGGUCAUUCGUUGGGUUCAGCAAUUGCAUACGACUUGCUUUCGAUGCAAAUCCCGGGGGACCACAAACUUAAGCUUGACUUCGAAGUUGAGAAUCUUUUUUGCGUUGGAUCUCCAGUUGGGGCCUUCAAGUUGCUUCAAAGAAGAAAUAUUGUCUCGAGAGCCAGCCUUGAUAAGGACUAUGAUCCAUUCGACGCUGACCUGAAGGUGUCUUCUCCAAAAUGUGUGAACUUGUACAAUAUCUUCCAUCCAUGUGAUCCGGUCAGUUAUAGGAUGGAGCCACUUAUUAAACCCUCCUUCUCACAAAUGAAGCCGGAAGAGGUUCCAUUUGCCUUAAAGGGUUUCAACACCCAGGUCAAGAGCCUAACAACAUUUGGUGAUGAGGUACAACAAAAGAUCUUUUCGAACUGGUUUGGAUCAAAGAAAGAUGGUAAGAUUAACAAAAUGAUAAAGAACAAUGUAUCCGAAGAGAAUGCUUUGGGAGAUAUCAUUACAACAUUGGCAAGCCCAUUGUCCAGUGGCCUGGGCGACGAUCUGAAAGACGAGCUAAAGGACUCUUACCUUUCUGAUAACGACAUAAAAGUUUUGACAGAAUUCAAUCGCUCGGGUAGGGUUGACUAUUCAUUACCUACUGGUGUUUUCAGCAUAGCGCUAAUUUCAGCUAUUAGUGCACAUGUAUCAUAUUUCGAAGACCAGGAUACUGCUGGUUUUGUCAUGAAAGAGAUUCUUAGUUCACUGCAAAAAUCUGUUGAGGCUAAAAAAGUCAAAGUAUACAAAUAG